AGCUCUACUAGCAGAAGCCUGGAAACUAACUAGUUUGACUGAUGCGAGAUGCGAUGCGACUACGCAGCGAACUCUGAUUUGGACAGUUCAUCGCGUAUGCGCGCGGCAGCCGGCCGGUGGGCGACAGAAAUUAGCAGCGUCAGCGUCGAUCCAUCUGCACAAGCACAAGUGCACAACGAUUCCAAUGUUCGUCAGCUUCGCAGCACGCCGGUUGCUUCCAUAUACUCUGCUCCUUUUUUUUCUAUCAUUUCCUCACCCGAUUUGCUGGAUUCCCCUCCUUGGAACCACGUCUGCCGCACAGUUCCAUCCACCGAUCCACGGCCUCCAUAUGCACGUCUCGCGCGUAGGCCGUAGCAUCCCGACAACAAAAACAAAACAAAAAAUCUCCGCUGGUUGGUAUCCUACUAAUUCUGUCCUACACGUUUUAUAUUGGUGUAAAUCGAUGUUUGGUACUCCGAUCCCGUUCAUCAUUGCGUCAGGGCUUAUGUCUGCUCCCCCACGAACUAAUGUGAUUCCCGGUUAGUUCCAUCUGCCAGGCAGCUUGUGUGAUCGAUCUCUUGAGGAGUUGACUAUAACUUGUAGUGUACGCGCCGGCUCAUGCAUCUCUCCGGCGCGCGGCUGAGGAUCCCGACGUGGUGCACAAUGCCGCACGGUUCUUGGCUCCUGCAGACGUGCUCGCCGUCGGCCGCGCUCGCGUCGCUGGCCGUCGUCACGACUAGCCUGCUGAUCAUCGGCUACGCGUCGAGCUCCUUCUUCCUCGGCGCGCCGGCGUACGAGUACGACGAUGUUGUCGAGGCGGCGGCGGCCGUGCCGAGGCGGGGGCCCGGGUACCCGCCGGUGCUGGCGUACUACAUCUCCGGCGGGCACGGGGACAGCGUGCGGAUGACGCGGCUGCUCAAGGCCGUGUACCACCCGAGGAACCGGUACCUGCUGCACCUGGACGCCGGCGCGGGCGCGUACGAGCGGGCGAGGCUGGCGGGGUAUGCCCGGUCGGAGCGGGCGUUCCUCGAGUACGGGAACGUGCACGUCGUCGGCAAGGGCGACCCCGUCGACGGCCGCGGUCCGUCCGCCGUCGCCGCCGUGCUCCGCGGCGCCGCUGUCCUGCUGAGGGUCGGCGCCGAGUGGGACUGGCUCGUCACGCUUGGCGCGUCGGACUACCCACUCGUCACGCCGGACGACCUUCUCUACGCCUUCUCCUCCGUGCGGAGGGGGCUCAGCUUCAUCGACCACAGGAUGGAUUCCGGCGGCGCCGAGGCGGUCGUCGUCGACCAGAACCUCCUGCAGAGCACCAACGCCGAGAUAUCGUUCUCGUCGGGGCAACGAGCAAAGCCUGACGCGUUCGAGCUCUUCAGAGGCUCGCCAAGGCCGAUCUUGAGCCGGGACUUCGUCGAGUACUGCGUGGUGGCGCCGGACAACCUCCCAAGGACGCUGCUCCUGUACUUCAGCAACUCCCUGAGCCCCAUGGAGUUCUACUUCCAGACGGUCAUGGCCAACUCCGCCCAGUUCCGGAACAGCACCGUCAACCACAACCUCCGGCACACGGUGGCGCAGGACGGCGGCGCGCCGACGUCGCAGGGCGCGGAUGGGCAGCAGGCGUCGCGGUACGACGCGAUGGUCGGCAGCGGGGCGGCCUUCGCCGGGGCGUUCGGCGACGACGACGACGCGCUGCUGCAGAGGAUAGACGAGGAGGUGCUGCGGCGUCCGCUCGAUGGCGUCACGCCGGGCGAGUGGUGCGUGGCCGACGGUGAGGAGGGCACAGACAACGAGUGCUCGGUCGGAGGCGACAUUGACGUGGUCAGGCACGGCGCCAAGGGACGGAAGCUGGCGACCUUGGUGGUUGACCUCGUUGGGGCCUGACCGUGUGACGGGUCCAACAGUUCAGAGAAAACGAGCAAUGAGAUGACAGAUGAGCGGCAGAGGAACAGUUUGAUGUUUCACUGCUCAAAGAACAACUAGUGCAGGCCAAGUGCCCCUAAAAUGCCUCUUCAGGCCAGCAGCCCGGUGGUUGCGUCAUACUUUAUUAUUCACAUGUACGAAUGUACCAUGGAUCCAACGCAUAUUGCAUUGGACAAAAAAUGUGUGGCAAAGUGUUCGAGACUUAUACAAGAAUACAAAUCGCGGCUGUGCUCAACUUGGCAGGCCGCCAUUUGGAGA